AUGAGGCUUGCAGAAGCCAGGACGGCCCGGAGCCCCCACCUCACAGACACGGCUCCCGAUGGAUUCGGGGUCCUGCACCUGCCCCCCCCCCAGAGAUCCCUGCUGACCCUCACAGUGAGGCGGAGGGUUGACCUCACGGUGAGACCAGCGCAGGGAGUGGGGCUGACCAGCCUACGGAAGGGCGGGGACCGAGGCCUGUCGCUCCCCGCCUGGUGCUUCCAGCCUCUGGAGGGCUGCGAGGAGGUGACGGUGGUGGCACAGGCCCUGGGCCCACGGCAUCGUCUGCUGCUCUGCAGUGGGCCGUGGGGAGAGCUCCGCCUCCUCCAUGUGGGAGGAGGCAUCCAGAGCUCUUUUGAGUGUGGCAGAAAAGGAGACUUGGAGGACAUGUGGCUGGACACCCCCUUCAGGGGCUGUGGGGUGGAGGGGCUCCUGGACCGUGUCUCUUUGGUGGCCGUGUUGGGGAACGUGCCCCGCCUCCUCCGGUACCUGAGUGCAAGGCUGCACCAGCGGGUCCGGGGGAGGGGGGGCGUACUGCUCUGCUACGACAGCGACAGCGUGGUGAGCAGCGGGCAGGUCUGGUGGCGGGGCGAACUCAGUGAGCAGAACCGGGUCGUCUUCGACUCCUGUGACGGCUUCUUCACCAACUAUAACUGGCGGGAAGAGCAUCUGGAGCGGAUGCUGGUGCACGCGGGCGAGCGCCGGGCCGACGUGUACGCGGGAGUGGACGUGGUCGGAGGCCAGUUUGACACGCACAAGUCGCUGGAGCUGAUCCGGAAGCACGGGUUCUCGGCCGCUCUCUUCGCACUUGGCUGGGUGUCUGAGUGUCUGGAGAAGAGGGACUUCUUCCAGAGCCAGGACGAGUCCUGUUGGGCAGCUCAGGAGCUCAGGGGCUCAGGGAUGGCCGCGUGGGGGCUCUGGCAAUUUCGAGGGCGUCUCCAGGUUCUGGGCUCCUGGUGACCGGCCUCCGCUUGCCCCCCCCCCCCAGCUGCUACGAGGUAAACCUUCGGGGCUUUGUCCUGCAGGACCUCCUGGUUAGCUCCUCACGGCGUCCUGGCAGCCAGGAGCAGGAGACCUUUGCCUGCCGCCUGGGCGAGCUCCAGGUGGUGGAUGCCAGCAGCCUGCUCGGCCCCCUGCCCCGGGUGCAGGGUGUCACCGUCUCCCGCGUGCGCUGGCAGCAGGGCACCGCUGAGGAGGGGGAGGAGCCCCCGGCCCGGCUCCGGCUCAGCUGUACCCUGCACUGGUCCUGCCCCCUGUCUC